CAAACAACUUCAAUGUCUUCCUCAUAAAAUCAAAUUUUAACAUGAAAAUCGCUCAAAAUGUGUGCCGACUUUGUACUAAACUCCUUUCUGACGAUAAUUUUAAGCUAAUUGACGAUGUGAUUCGAGUUAAAAUCCAAGAAAUAUUGAGAAUUGAGACUCUAUUGGAGGACAAAUUUAAUCGUAUUUGCGUGCCAUGUUACACCAAAGUCGACUCUUUUCAUCGUUUUUUCGAAGAAAUCCACACCGCUCAGUCAUUUUUCGAGGAAAAACCUUCAUUGUCGCCCGACAUAAAGAUCGAAGAAGGUGUUGAAGAUGGAAUUGCCAAAGUUUUCAUCAAACCAGUUGAGGAAUCGAUUGAAAGUGACGAGUCAGAAGAGGAAAAAAUUGUUAAAAAGCGAAAAUCUUUGAGUGAAGAAGACCUUCAAGGUCGCAUGAUUAACGAAUUCUUCGAUUUUAGGUGCCAAAAGUGCGGAAAUCACUUAAAAACAUGGAAAAAAUACCGAAAACACAUGCAACGAAGACAUUCUGAACGCCGUCCGAGCAUCUCGUGUUGCCAAACCGACGUCGAAGUAUCUCACAUUGCACUUCUGAGUCACUUUUACUCCCACACGGACCCGGAAAAGUUGAGAUGCGACGCCUGUGGACGUCAUUACAGCAGUUUACGUUCCUUAACGCAGCAUUUUCGCAAAGUUCAUGCCGUGAAUCGCGAGAAAAAGGACGAACCGAAGGUUUUUUGUCCGGAAUGUGGAAUGUUGUUGGUCAAGAGAUGCCUUCAGAGUCACAUGAAAACGCAUCAGCCACGCAUCAAACUGCAAUGCGACCUUUGCAAAAAGUUCCUGCAGUCCCGCAAAGCGAUGAUUUAUCACAUGACCCAACAACAUCUGCCGAAAAACCCCGAAAAAGAUCAAAUUUUGUGCAGCAUUUGUGCAAAAAGCUUCGCCAGCAUGGAUCGGUUCAAUCAUCAUUUGCGGUAUCAUCAUGACAACACGACGGGAAAAUGUCCCGAUUGUCAUAUCGUGAUGCGAUUGGAGAAUUUGAGGGUUCACCGGAAGCGCGUGCAUGAAAUAAAAAAAGUUUCUUGCCCGAUUUGCUUCAAGGAGUUUAAGAAUAACGACAGAUUGCGCGGACACAAAAUUAAGGUACACGUCGAGCCGAAAUUCGAAUGUGAUAUUUGCCAAAAGAAGUAUAAGACGAAGGAUAAGAUGCAGGAACAUCGAAGCACGCAUUUUAAUGAGCUGAGAUUCAAAUGCGAUUUAUGCGACCACAUGAACAACGAUUACGGCAACAUGACGAAGCACCGCAAGACAAAACAUCGUGACGCCCCCUACCCAGCGCCAGGAACCGCUCGAAAAGUCUUCGAAAUAGCAAGACAUUAA